UUCCCCCUUUUGACUUCACUACAAGCGAAGCUGCAAGGAAAGAAACGAGGAGCCAGAAGGAGCAACGAAUUAAGCCUGGAAUUGAUCUCGCACGUUAAAAAAAAAGGACAGAAGCGUCCUCCUCCUGUCAUUCCAUGCUCCUCUAGCGUCUUCCCUCACACAGUUCAGGAGAUAUAAUGGAAACUGAAUGAUGAGGAGUUUGUGGCUGGACGGCAGCUGACGGACUGAACCAUGGCUCAGUUUCCCACGCCCUUCGGAGGAGGGUCAGAUACAUGGGUAAUAUCUGUGGACGAGAGAGCCAAACAUGACCAGCAGUUCCACAGUUUGGCCCCCACACCUGCUGGCUUCAUAACAGGUGACCAGGCAAGGAAUUUCUUUCUGCAGUCAGGUUUACCUGCCCCCAUCCUCGCCCAGAUAUGGGCCCUGGCCGACAUGAACAACGAUGGGAAGAUGGACAUGCAUGAAUUUUCCAUCGCAAUGAAGCUGAUUAAAUUGAAGCUGCAGGGUCACCCCCUCCCUCCUUCACUGCCCCCCUCCAUGAAGCAGCCACCCCUCUCCAUUCCCCCACAGCCGCCUUUUGGCAUGCCCAGUAUGGGGGCAAUUCCAGGCCUGCCAGCAGUGCCGCCCAUGCCCCUGCCCCCUCUGCCUCCAGGAGUGCCAGGAGUAGGUGUGUCUCCACCUCUGGUAGCAUCAGUGACCCCAGCUGUACCAUCCCUUGCUAACGGAGCCCCCCCUAUGAUACAACCCAUGAGUGGAUUCUCGCAUCCAGCUGCUGCGCUCAACAAAACCCCUUCGUUCAAUCGUUCCAGUAUCAAGCUGCAGAAGGGCCAGUCAGUUGAGGCACCCAGUGCUCCAGCUGCUCCUCCACCCACUGACUGGGCCGUGCCUCAGUCUUCUCGGCUCAAAUACCGCCAGCUCUUCAACAGCCAUGAUAAAAUGAUGAGUGGUUAUCUCACAGGUCCACAAGCCAGAACUAUUCUAAUGCAGUCCAGUCUACCGCAGGCCCAGCUGGCCACCAUCUGGAACCUGUCAGAUAUAGACCAGGACGGAAAGUUGACUGCAGAAGAGUUUAUUCUGGCCAUGCACUUAAUUGACAUGGCAAUGUCCAGUCUGCCUCUUCCCCCAUUCCUUCCCCCUGACUUCAUACCUCCGACAUUCAGGAGAGUGCGUUCUGGUAGUGGAGUGUCUGUGACCAGUAUGCACUCGAUCGAUCCACGGUCUCAGGAGGAGCCUGAGGAGGAGGAAAAAGAGACAGAGAAAAAACUUCCAGUCACAUUCGAAGAUAAGAAACGAGAGAACUUUGAGCGUGGAAACCUGGAGCUGGAGAAGCGUCGGCAGGCCCUGCUGGAGCAGCAGAGGAAAGAACAGGAGCGACUGGCUGCGCUGGAGAAAGAGGAGCAAGAGAGGAAGGAGAGAGAACGACUGGAGCAGGAGAGACGCAGACAGCAGGAGCUGGACAAACAACUGGAGAGACAGAGAGAGCUGGAGCGACAGAGGGAGGAGGAGAGACGCAAGGAGAUCGAGAGAAGAGAGGCUGCUAAACGGGAGCUGGAGCGUCAGCGGCAGUUAGAGUGGGAGAGAACACGCAGACAGGAGCUGCUCACCCAGAGAAACCGAGAGCAGGAGAACAUCGUCCUGCUCAAAGCACGCAAGAAAACGCUCGAGUUUGAACUGGAGGCUCUGAACGAUAAGAGGUCACAGUUGGAGGGUAAACUGCAGGACAUUCGUUUCCGUCUAUCGGCUCAGAGGCACGAGAUCGAGAGCACCAAUAAGACGCGAGAGCUCCGCAUUGCUGAGAUCACCAGCCUACAACAGCAGUUGCAGGAGUCUCAGCAGUGGUUGAGUCGAUUGAUUCCUGACAAACAGUGUCUGAAUGACCAGCUGAAGCAGGUUCAGCAGAACAGUCUGCACAGAGACUCUCUGUCCAGUCUUCAGAGGGCCAUUGAAAUGAAGGAAUCCACCAAACAGCAGCUGAGAGAACAGCUGGAAGCUGUGGAGAAGGAGACACGUUCCAAGCUAUUGGAGAUAGACUCCUUCAACACACAACUGAAGGAGCUGAGAGAAAUCCACAACAAACAACAGAGGCAGAAACAAAAGGAGCUAGAGGCUGACAUCACCCAGCCGUCGCAUGACAGGAAGUCCACAGAAUUACAAGAGUCUAGGUUGUCGGGGACAGAAGAUGGUGUGUCUCCUGCAUGGAGAGAUGAUGGGCUGGGUAAAGCUCCCACUCCUCCUGCGACUCAGGCUUGGAUAAGCCAAGUGAGAGAAGAGGAGAACCACAGCAGAGGCGAAGUGCAGGAUAACCUCUCCAAACUCUUCACACAGCAUCCGCAAUCAGGAAAACUACAGACUCCGUCCCCCUGGUCGAUGGCAGAGAAGAUUCCAGUGUCUGGCUUUAAUCAGGAGAGUGUAAAGGUGGUCUACUAUAGAGCCCUGUAUCCCUUUGAUGCCCGCAGUCAUGAUGAAAUCACCAUCCAUCCUGGAGAUAUAGUGAUGGUGGAUGAGUCUCAGACAGGUGAACCUGGAUGGUUAGGAGGAGAGAUAAAAGGGAAGACUGGCUGGUUCCCUGCCAAUUAUGCGGAGAAGAUUCCAGAAUCUGAAGUUCCUCUUAGUUUAAGAGCUAGCGCUGCUUCUAGUUCUGCCCCUAAAUUGGGUUCCCAUGUGUCAUCUGCUUCAAUAACCACAGCCGCACCCUUGCAGUCAGUCUCCACAGAGUCUGCAUCGAUAGCCCCGCCCUCCUCAGCCCCUGCCCUUCCAGGCCCCGCCUCCUCCUCUUCCUCAGCAACCGGUAACUGGGCAGAUUUCAGCACUACAUGGCCAACUAAUUCUGCAGUGGAGAAGCAGGACAGUGAUGGAUGGGAUGGAUGGCCGACCCAGCCCUCUCAGCCGUCCCUCUCAGUGCCCAGUGGAGGGCAGAUCAGACAGCGCUCUGCUUUCACCCCAGCCACGCUUUCCGGCUCCUCACCCUCACCUGUGCUCGGCCAGGGAGAAAAGGUGGAGGGUCUUCAGGCACAGGCUUUGUAUCCAUGGAGAGCCAAGAAAGACAAUCACCUAAACUUUAACAAGAAUGACGUGAUCACCGUCCUGGAGCAGCAGGAUAUGUGGUGGUUUGGGGAAGUGCAAGGGCAGAGAGGAUGGUUCCCCAAAUCUUACGUCAAACUCAUCUCUGGGCCCGUCCGGAAAUCUAUGAGUAUUGAGUCUGGCUCUUCAGACAGUCCUCCCAGUGUUAAGAGACCCAGCCCAUCUCCAAACAAACCCACAGAUCUCGGAGAAGAGUAUGUGGCCAUGUAUACAUAUGAAAGCAGUGAGCAGGGUGACUUGACCUUCCAGCAAGGUGAUGUCAUCACGGUCAUAAAGAAAGAAGGAGAUUGGUGGACUGGGACUGUGGGCGGGAAGACUGGAGUCUUCCCCUCAAAUUAUGUCAAGCCUAAGGAAUCCGAGGGUUUGGGAUCUGCUGGAAAAACAGGAAGUUUAGGGAAGAAACCAGAGAUUGCCCAAGUGAUCGCUCCGUACACGGCCACCGGCGCAGAGCAGCUCACAUUAGCACCAGGCCAGCUCAUUCUUAUCCGCAAGAAAAACCCAGGAGGAUGGUGGGAAGGAGAACUUCAGGCAAGAGGAAAGAAGCGUCAGAUUGGCUGGUUUCCAGCUAAUUAUGUAAAAUUAUUGAGCCCCAGCACCAGUAAGACCACACCCACAGAGCCCAACCCACCCAAGCUGCCAACACCCAAUCCAGUGUGCCAGGUGAUUGGCAUGUAUGAUUACACUGCUCAGAACGAUGAUGAGCUGCCUUUCGGGAAGGGCCAGAUCAUUAAUGUUUUGAGCAGAGAGGAUCCUGAUUGGUGGAAGGGAGAGCUGAAUGGAUCCAUUGGUCUUUUCCCAUCAAACUACGUUAAGCUGACCACCGACACAGACCCCAGCCAACAAUGGUGUGCUGACCUCCACCUGCUCGACAUGCUGACCCCAGUGGAACGGAAGAGGCAGGGUUACAUACAUGAACUUAUUGUCACAGAAGAGAACUAUGUCAAUGACCUGCAGCUAGUCACUGAGACGUUCCAGAAGCCUUUGCUGGAGUCAGAAUUGUUGACGGAGAAGGAGGUAGCCAUGAUCUUUGUCAACUGGAAAGAGCUGAUCAUGUGCAACAUUAAACUGCUCAAGGCGUUGCGAGUGAGGAAGAAGAUGUCGGGCGAGCGCAUGCCGGUGAAGAUGAUUGGUGACAUCCUGACGGCUCAGCUUCCUCACAUGCAGCCGUACAUCCGCUUCUGCAGCUGCCAGCUCAACGGCGCCACCCUCAUUCAGCAGAAAACAGACGAGGUGCCCGAAUUCAAAGAGUUCGUUAAGCGGUUGGCGAUGGACCCUCGCUGUAAGGGAAUGCCCCUGUCCAGCUUCCUCCUCAAACCCAUGCAGAGAGUCACCCGAUACCCCCUCAUCAUUAAAAACAUUUUAGAGAACACUCCAGAAAGCCACCCAGACCACAGUCACCUGCGGCUGGCUCUGGAGAAGGCUGAAGAGCUGUGCUCGCAGGUCAACGAAGGCGUGCGAGAGAAAGAAAACUCGGACCGGCUGGAGUGGAUCCAGGCACAUGUGCAGUGUGAGGGGCUUUCAGAGCAACUUGUGUUCAACUCGGUUACAAACUGUCUGGGCCCUCGGAAGUUCCUGCACAGUGGAAAACUCUACAAAGCCAAAAGCAACAAGGAGCUUUACGGCUUCCUGUUUAACGAUUUCCUGCUCCUCACGCAGAUCAUCAAACCUCUGGGCUCGUCUGGAACGGACAAAGUCUUUAGUUCGAAAUCCCACCUGCAGUAUCGCAUGUACAAAACGCCCAUCUUUCUCAAUGAGGUGCUGGUGAAGCUGCCCACCGAUCCUUCUGGAGAUGAACCCAUAUUCCACAUAUCUCACAUCGACAGAGUCUACACUAUUCGGGCUGAGAGCAUCAACGAGCGGACAGCUUGGGUGCAGAAGAUCAAAGCGGCUUCUGAGCUCUUCAUUGAAACAGAGAAGAAGAAGAGAGAGAAAGCCUACUUAGUGAGGUCUCAGAGGGCCACUGGUAUCGGGCGGCUGAUGGUGAACAUUGUUGAAGGCAUUGAGCUGAAGCCCUGCCGCUCGAAUGGGAAGAGUAAUCCGUACUGUGAGGUGACGAUGGGCUCUCAGUGUCACGUCACGAAGACACUGCAGGACACUCUGAACCCAAAGUGGAACUCAAACUGCCAGUUCUUCAUCAAAGACCUGGAGCAGGAUGUGCUGUGCAUCACUGUGUUUGAGAGGGAUCAGUUCUCCCCGGACGAUUUCUUGGGCAGGACGGAGAUUCGGCUGGCCGACAUCAAGAAGGACCAGGGUUCUAAGGGGCCCAUCACCAAGCGUCUGCUUUUACACGAAGUCCCUACAGGAGAGAUUGUGGUGCGACUGGACCUUCAGCUCUUUGAUGAACCCUGACCCACGUUGUCUGGCCUGACCUUUUGACCCCCCCCCCCCCCCCCCCCAGACUCCAUAUCCACUACUCCUCCGUGGUGAAAGCCCACCAGCCUAAUGUGACAGUCCCACUCCACCCAGCAUCAUGAAUCCCAGAGUGUGAAUGUGUGUGUAUUUGCACAAGCCUUUGUGAGUCUGCAAAAUGCUGUAACCGUCUAAAUCAGUGAUCCCGACUGGAUCUUUAUUGUCCUUGAUAGCUUUUCAAGACAAGUGUGUGAGAGAAAAUGAAGGAUGUACUGUAGAGGGAAGCUUUCAGUUCCCUAACGAUGUGAAGGAUGUCUCAGGAUGCUGUUGAAGUCUUAAAGAGUCAAACAUACAGUAGUUGUAUUAAACACUCUAAUGACCGGGAAACAGUUAUGCCAUUUGAAACGAUAUUCUUUUCAUUCUAGAAUGAUGACACGUUCCAAAUGAAGUGCUGUUCCAGUAAAAUCUGUCAUUGGGGGUGAAUCUCAUGAAACCUUAUUUGCAUAAUUCAAAAAAUAUAUAGAAUUCUCAUAACUGUAAAGUGAAAAAACUAAUGCUGAUAUAUUAUUUUAGUUGUUGCGUAUUUAUACAUGCUGGUAAUAUUUGUUGUACUGCUUUUAAUUUAUGCAGGUUUACAUAUGAAAAACCGUUGUAAUUUAAAAAAUAAAACUGUUCUAUUACAGUAAUGAGAAUCAUAAAAUAGAAUGGUCCUGAAACAUUUCACAUUUUUAGAUGUUUUUGUGAGAUUCAUCCUAAUAGUCUUACUACUGGCUGUUCAACAUUUGAUUCUAUAAUUUCAGUCAUUAACACUAAAAACUAAAACCGGGUUUUGCUGGCAAGCCUCUCUAGUUUCAACCGACUCGUUUAUUUCUGUUCAGUUUUAACUGAAAGUUGUUUGGUGAUCGUUCAACAACUGAAUGAAUGUAGUCGAGAUGUUUUUUUGUUGUUGUUGUUUUUGAGGGUUCAUUAAACGUGAGCAUAUUCAGGGAAAUUUUUAGCAAGUCUUGAAAAGAUAUACGGCCACAAAUGCUCCAUGGAAAGACUAGUAUAAUAUAAACAAGGAAUUGUGUUUUUCAGCAUUUAAUUGUAUGUAGCUUUUAUUUAUUUUUAUGCUAUUGAGAACAGGACACAUCUUAGAGGCCAACUGAAAUAUCAUAGCAGCUUUUUAAAGGUGAUCAGAAGCAUUUCCUAGCAGAAACUACAAUAAAAUAAAUCAAUAAUCAUAUUUAUCAAAUGUCCCUAAAAGGCCCCACAAACAUCUAUGUUCUUCAGUUCCCUGAUGUUCUUAGUUUUAUUGUGGUGCAUCACAAAGUAAACUAUUUAAUAUAAAGUACUAUAUUUAAGUUUGAUACUGCAUUACUAAUAAGUUCAGUUUGUUUUUGAUUUAUGUAUGUUGUUUUUUUUUAUUCUUGUGAUGUUGUUAGGCAUUAGCGAUCAACACUGUGGUUAUGUCAUAUUUAAAACAGUUCAUGUUUUGUGGCCGUGUUCUUAUUUGCUUUUUUGUUGUUUAUUUGCGGAAAAAUGGCAAAAUGGUUUGUAGUGUUAAAGGUUUGGAAAUUGCAGCGUGUAGAAACGAUGUUGAAACAAUGAACCAGUGAGCAAAAGGGAUCAAUCUUCACCCAUAUUUGCUGCAAACAUCUUCAGAUAUGUCUUAGAAAGAGUGCACUGUUUUUACAGAUUAUGAAAUAUGUUGAAUUUGUGUGUUUUCCUGUCUAGAUGCAAUACACACAUUAAUAUUCCACUGCUGUGCUAGUGAGACGCCAGAGUGAUCAAGGAAAACAGCUAUUGUUGGGCCAGCAAGUUAUUCCUCUUGGUUUUUCUAUGUGUGUAUGUGUGUAUAUAUGAGAGAGAGUGAUUCGUAGUGCUUUGAAUGCUUUCUGCCGGGUCACUUUCCCCAAACCUCAUCUCAAAGAAUAUUCCAGACAAUGCAAGGGGUCGUGGUCACACAUCUUUUCUUUUUUUCCUCUCUUUUAUCUCCUCUUUUCUUUCUCUCCUUACCUCAUUUCUCAUCACGCACACUUGUACAUUUCAGGCCAGAAGUUUUGCCCGUACCUUCAUUAUUUUUUAAUGAGCAAAGCCCCAUUGAACAGUAAUAUAUGUGUCUAUGUUUAAAACUUUGAAUGGAGUAUAAUAUAUUAAAAACUGAGAAGUAAAUAUGUUGAUGACAGCGUAUUGUUAUCAAUGUAGAAGCAGUGGUGUUGUCUUAAUGUUGAAAAUAAAACUCAAUUGGACCAAGA